GUUACAACUGGUUCUUGUGAGACAAAUGCAUGUAUGGUCUCUGAAUCCAAAUUGAUGCUUUAUGCAUACGUUGUCCAAGUAGGUACGAAUGGUACCAAUACACAGUUUACGCGUUACAGAAACAGUGGUGUAAACAAUCGUUGCCGUGUUAGAAUCCCUUCCAAGCUACCUGCUGCUGCCGCCCCUGCCUUCUUUGUGUGGGGAAUGUUUGAUGAGGUGGCUGUUGCCUGCCGCAGGACAUUGCCAUGUGCCGAGAAGCCGAGCGUGACUCCGACUCACAACUCCACCUAACAACACGACACCGCCACACACAGCCUUCAUCUCAGCCAUAAAGAGUGAGUUCUGCCACUCCAGCCACUCCGGAAGCAAGAGCUGCUAUUUUCUCCAAAGAUAAUAUACUUUUAUUUAAAAAAGAAAAAAAUACAUAUAACAGGCAGACGCAUGCAAUUUUCUCUGCAGUGUGAGAUCUUUCACGCACGAAUCGUUUCUGUUGUUGCGAUCCUCAGCCUGAGCCUGGUUUAUGAGUUUUGCUUUAUAUUCAUUUUCUUUAUUUUAUCGACUUGCUUGGAAUAAAGCACGCAUACGUAAAAUGUUGACUCCAAAGGAUGGCCCCUCAUCUUAAAUAGGCGCAUUCAGAAUAACUGGUUACAAUUUGCGGAUGCAAGAAAAGGCAAGGUUUUGGCGAUCUAAGAUGAAAUUUCCAAUAGAAUCGUCAAGAAAACACACUAAUUGUGAGCCACCAGGCAGAUUGCCCCACUCCGGGGUCUACAAGUGUAACCUGAUACAACCACAGGAGAUCACUUUAUGGGAAUGGAGCACAAUGAUGUCACCAUCACCAGGAAGUGCUAUUGGCAUGCGCCUGUUUAAAACUGAGAAAAUACUACUCCAACAAUGGGAACGCUUUUGCAUGACACGACUGCACAGAACAAACUUAAAAAGGCCGAGUUACAUGCAGCUGAAACAGUGGGCGUUUCACCAAUCUGCACACCUCCAGGAAACAUCCUGGUCACAAGUGGCUGUUCAAUCCACUGUGCAAGCCUGUGACUCAAAGACCAACGGACACUACCCCGUGUCCAGGUUGUCCAUAUCCUCCAGAACCACGGUGAUAGCUAGCAUGGACAGUUGUCCCCAGACAUCGCCCACAGUCAUGAAAUGGAAGACGGUGCUGGCCAUUUUCGUCGUGGUUGUGGUUUACCUGGUGAUCGGAGGCACGAUCUUUAGAGCUCUGGAAAAACCUUUUGAGAGCAAGCAGAAGAGUAAGAUCACGGCGGAGAAAUCCAACUUCCUUCGAAAUCACCCAUGUGUGAACCCCGGGGAGCUUGAUGCGCUGAUUGAGCAUGCAAUUGAAGCUCUUGGGGCAGGAGUAAACCCUAUAGGUGACUCAACUAACAAUACAAGUCACUGGGAACUUGGCAGUGCGUUUUUCUUUGCUGGGACUGUGAUAACCACCAUAGGCUAUGGGAAUAUUGCACCCAGUACUGAAGGAGGGAAAAUAUUCUGCAUCUUAUAUGCAUUAUUUGGCAUUCCACUUUUCGGCUUUCUGUUAGCAGGGAUUGGGGAUCAAUUAGGCACAAUCUUCGGUAAAAGUAUUGCAAGAGUGGAGAAGGUAUUCAGAAAAAAGCAAGUGAGUCAAACUAAAAUACGAGUCAUCUCCACAAUCCUUUUCAUUUUAGCGGGUUGCCUUGUUUUUGUGACUAUCCCAGCAAUUAUUUUUAAACACAUCGAAGGAUGGACAACGCUGGACUCCAUCUAUUUUGUUGUUAUCACCUUGACGACAGUAGGAUUUGGUGAUUAUGUAGCAGGUGGAAACAUAGUUAUUCAUUAUCGAGAAUGGUAUAAACCAUUGGUCUGGUUCUGGAUCUUGGUAGGCCUGGCCUACUUUGCAGCUGUCCUCAGCAUGAUUGGAGACUGGCUGCGUGUGAUAUCCAAGAAAACAAAGGAGGAGGUUGGUGAAAUUAAAGCACACGCUGCUGAAUGGAAAGCAAAUGUGACAGCAGAAUUCAGGGAAACACGGAGACGACUAAGUGUGGAGAUUCACGACAAACUUCAGAGGGCGGCAACGAUCCGGAACAUGGAGCGAAGGCGGCUUGGCUUGGACCAACGAGCUCAUUCUCUGGACAUGCUCUCCCCUGAGAAACGGAUGGCAUUUGCGGGUCUGGAGACAGGCCAAUUCAAGGCAUCAUCUCAGGAAAGUAUAAAUGGCAAUGCUAACAAUCUACAGCAGAAAGAAACAAGGCAAUAUGACAAACACAUGCAAGGAGCGUCAGAAGACAAUAUUAUCAAUAAAUUUGGAUCUUCUUCAAGAGGAACCAAGAGAUACAAAAAUAAAGAACUUAAAAAAGAAAUACCAGAGGAUGUUAGAAAAAUAUAUGAAACAUUUGGGAAUUGUGCACUGGAUCAAGAGAAAAAGGAUAGUGAAAAAGAGAAAGAAAGCAACCCAGAUGUUCCAGCUAUAACGAAUUACGUUCAGCACCCAGAGGCAGAGGAUGAUGGGAUACCCAAUGAAACCAAAAAUCCAGAGAACAGGAACUUACUUGAAAAAAAGAUAUAACGUUGUACAGUGAACAAUGUAAGAAGUUUGAGGAUUUUUAAAAUUCUUGACAUGUGCCUUACCAUUUUCAAAAUGUGAGAAAGUUAUUUUACACACAUGCAUGAUCCACACAACCUUUAGACUGAUUUAUUGUGCCACUGUGAUAUAAGGGUUUCACUACCAAAUAUCAAACAUCAGCUGUUUGAACUAUGACAAUGUGUUUUGAGAUGGACAAUACAAAUUUGGGAACAUUUUAAGAGGACCCAGUGCUCAUUACCAAUGCAGUAUAUCUUAGGAAGGAAGUGGAUGGCUCUAUACAUUGUUAUCAGAAGUCCCACUUAAUCUCUGUAUAUGUUUACUACUGAGAGGAUUCACCUUUGGAAUAUUUAUUUCCUCUAAUUUAUUAUAACUGUUAUACAAUUUUUAAACACAGUUUGUGCAAACAUCUUGUGCAUCUGCUUGGCGUGUGCUGUAUGACCCUUUUAAGAUGUUACAUUUGUGAUAAGGAUAAGACUUCUGCAGCAAAACAAUGCAGCAAAGUUACAUUGUUACAAUUUCCUUGUGUAAUUGCUAAAGAGUAACAUAAGCACUCAACAAAAGUCUGCAUGUUCAUAUCUUUGUAAUUUAAUAUGCAACAUCUUGAUAAAUGUUGAUUUCUCAGGGCUCUCUUGUCCUGCUGUUACAAAGUUUCCUAUAUUAGGUUUUAAAUAUUAUAGGGUGUUGGGAAUAAUAUUACACACAAGUAAUAAUUCAAAGAAAGCAUGUUGGUUAUACUGAUCUACGAUCAUUCUCUUGUUGUCUGUGAUUCUUCUGCAAUUAAUACAAUUAAUUGGUAUUGGUUCUUGAAAAUUAAUAUCAAUAAAAUGAAGACAGAGCCUGAUAAAGUUAAGCAGGUAUUUUUAAUCAAUGUUUUACCACUUUUUUCUUUUCCUUGGUAUUAAGGCUACACCCUUGAUUCAGCCUCCUGUUGAAGAGGCUGGUAAAACAGGUUAGACAUCCUGAAGUUGCUCAGAGUGCAGGUGCUGCAGUUGAAAAAGAUCAAAAGGAUAUUUUUACAGGGUCAGACAUUUCUCCUCUGUAGAACUCUUAAUUUAUGUCUGAUUGGGAACAGAUGAGCAAAAUUCACAGGAUACCUGAUAUAUUUAUGUCAGAAAUUGUCCAGACUGAAACCUGCAACCUCGGGAAUUUACCCAAAUGGUUUUAACACGCAAAAGACAAAGACCUUGGAAAUGCAUGGACCAAGGACUGUUUUCUGGCUUAAAUGCUUUGCACACUUUGGACUCCAAACCACACCAAAUUUCACAGGAUGCAGAAAGGACCUUAGUAAUUAGGCCUUCAGUGACUUGGCUGUGUCUCUGUUAUGGCUCUGGCAAUAGAAUCUGGAAACAUUCCAAACUGGGCCACUGCCUGUGUUUUUUUUCCCCUCUUGCCCUGUCCCUAGCACCUUACCCUGUCAGGGAGCCACGUGCAAUCUAUCAAAGCUUUUCUGGCCUGCAUCAAUGGGAUCCCAUGUCUCUUGUUGCAAAUGCACCUGAGGUUCUGUGCUGACUCAACACUGGAGCUGGGCUUCAGAGACUGCUAACUGAAGGAAGCCUGGCUGAUUUUGUGGCAGUUCCAACAGGCUCUCUCAUAAAGUUAUAUGAGGAAUCUGCUGAAAAGUUCAACAAAUUUAGGCCCUAAAUUGUGGCUAUGUUUUUAAGCAUAGAACAAUCUAUGCAUAGUACAUUUUGAAGCAGCAUUAGAAUUAUGCAAAUGAAAAUCAAUAAAAAUGCAGAUGCUUAAAUUCUGAAAUAAAAUCAGAACAUGCUGGAGAUACUCAGAGGGUCAGGCAGCAUCUGUGCAAAGAGAAACAGAGUUAAUGUUUCA